UCGGCGAACUGAAGAUCACGGAGCGCGAUAUAAUGAGCCUGUGGGUUGUGUCAAUCUUCAGUGGGCUAAUUUGGCUUGUUGGGAUCUUACACAUCUUCACAGCCUUAGAUAGGACAAGUGAUUCCAUCUCAUUCUCGUCGAAAUUCCACCCGUUUUCGAUCUUCAAAUACCCUCACGCGAUCGGAGGCCUAGCCGGGGUUUUCCUCUCAUCAUUCACCACAAUGUCGAUUUUCACCGGGGGAGUGCUGUUCAUAGUUGGAGAGCUAUGCAUCAAGCCACUUCACUUGCUCUUGUUCUGGCUAACAUAUUUCCUUUUCCCUCUUGUGUCUCUACCACUGCUCCAACCAAUGCAGCAUCUAAUUAAGAUGAAUUCGGUUAAAUUGCAAAUUGUGGGAUUCUUGUUGUCCCUUUUCGCCUCCGGCUUCGGAUUCUACUUUGGCCAUAGUCACUGGAAAUGGGGCCAUUUGGUGGUAUUCGGCGCGAUCCAGAGCACGGCUGCAGGGAUUUUGCAUGCCUUUGGGAGGGUAUUGGUUUUGGAUUGUGCUCCAACAGGUAAAGAGGGUGCAUUUUCGAUAUGGUAUGCAUGGAUGAGAGCUGCCGGAUUAUGUGUGGGAUUCACAGUUGGCUCGGUGGCGCCUGGACACAUUAGAACCUCCUUUGGGGCUGCAUUUUGCACAGCCAUUGUUGCCAUUGUUGUGCUGCUUUUUGGAAACAUUAGUGACGUUGGUGGCGCUGCUGCGGCCGGUCAUGUCAAAGACGACCUUGACAGAGGCUCCCCGGUCCCUGACACUAAAGAAUCGUCGCGCGUCUGACGGAGGAGGAGGAGGAGGAGGAGGAGGAGUUAGCAUUGGACUAAAUAACCUGGGACUGAAUGGAUGGAUGGAUCAUGGUUUUACAUCUUCAGUGUUUUUAACCUUAUAAUAUUCUUUGCAAAAUAUGAUGAUGAUGAUGAUGAUGUUUGGUGCAUGCAAGAGUUAAAGAGAUUUCAUUGUAUGAUUAUUGAUUUUGGGAUAUGUAUUUUUAGUAGUUAGUGUUUGUUUGGCAUGCAUCUGUUUUUGUUUUGUGUUUUGAGUUGAGGAUUUCAGCUUCUGGCCUUGUGUAACUGUGUUAUAGUGUUUGGUCAUAUUUUCUCUCUUUUCACAUCAUUUUCUA